CAUUACAUAUAAAAAAAAUAUUUUCCACGUCAAAAUCAAAGUUUUCAAUUCCUUUACGAAAUAUUGAAAGCAGUAGGUCAAAAUUGACAAAGAAUUUCCGAAUUUCCAGUAUAGAAACUAGAUAGUAGAUAAGUGAAGGAGAAAAGGUAUCUGAACCGGCUGCCAAAAAUGGGUAGCGAAAAUAAUCACGCAUAGAAAAUCGUAACACGCAACGACGCCGUUUGGAGGAGAAUAGUUUCCAGCGCAAGUGCGCCCUCGCACUGCACGUGCCACGUACUAUAUAAGAGCCACGUCAGUGUUGGUGAUGACGCCUAUUCAGAAUUCAGUAUUCACCUUCACUGCCCGCCUCUAGAUCUGAUAAACACAAACAUUUCACUGCUUUCUUUCUCUGUGUAAUUCACACGCACUCCACGGGUCUCUCUCUGUCUUCACAAAUCCAUCGCUGCUCCUACAAAGAGAAACACUAAAAACGAUGGGCGAGGAGGAGAAAAAGCCGGCAGAGGAAAAGAAGCCGGCUGCGGAGGAGGAGAAGAAAGAAGAAGCUCCGAAGGCGGCGGAAGAUGGGAAGAAAGAGGAUGAAGCGAAGGCGGAGCCUCCGCCGCUGCCGCAGGAAAUCGUUUUGAAGGUGUUCAUGCACUGUGAGGGCUGCGCGAGAAAAGUCCGGAGGUGUCUCAAAGGAUUUGAAGGAGUGGAGAGUGUGACAACAGAUUGCAGAACGAGUAAGGUGGUGGUGAAAGGCGAGAAAGCAGAUCCGGUGAAGGUUUUCGAGAGGGUGCAGCGGAAGAGCCACCGGCAGGUUGAGCUCAUCUCUCCAAUCCCGAAGCCGCCGGCACCGCCUGAGGAGCCGCAGAAGCCACCGGAGAAGGAGGAGGUCAAAGCUGAGGAGAAAAAAGAGGAGCCUUGUGUGAUUACAGUGGUGUUGGGAGUUUACAUGCAUUGCGAUGCGUGUGCUCAAGAAAUAAGAAAGCGCAUUCUCAGAAUGAAAGGGAUUGAAAGCGCAGAGGCAGACCUCAAGAGCUCACAAGUAAUCGUGAAAGGAGUUGUGGACCCAAAAUCGCUCGCCGAUCACGUCUACAAGAAAACCGGCAAGCACGCGGCGAUCGUGAAGGUUGAGCCGGAGAAGAAAGAGGAGGAGAAAUCCAAGGAAGAGAAGAAAGCUGAGGACGGGAAGUCCGAAGCCAAGAAAGCCGAGGAGGACGGUAAAGAGAACAAGGAAAGCGGCGGCGAGGUGGUGGUGGUGGAGGAGGAUCCGAAAAUGGAGUUGAGGAAGAACGAGAUGUACUAUCAGCAAAACUACCAGCAGCAGUUUUACCAGCAGCAGAGAUAUGUGCAAGAAAUGAAUGCUCCAACACAGAUGUUUAGCGAUGAGAAUCCAAAUGCAUGUGUGGUGAUGUAAAUUGGGCAGAAGAUGAGGGGCAGAAUGGGGAGACAAUGAUCAAGGGUAAAACUGACCUUUAGGUGUGGGCAACAUCUAUCUUGGUCAUGUGGCCCUGUCUUAAGUGGUGCAUUGCAUAAAUCUGCAGGAAAGAGUUGUAGAAUUUUGUACCUUAUGUCUUUAUUUUAUAUAUUUAAAAUAUUCGUCA